CACAAGCACCGGAUGUUACGUUGAGAAGACUGAAAGCGCUCUAUACCGGAGUAGUUGUGACACGCGCUAGUAACAAGUGAUGCGCACGCCGGAAGGGACAUCCAGAGGCACAAAGGGAACAACUUCCGGUGGGGUUACAUGUAUCAGCACUUGGAGUACCGGGGUCUCCUUACAGUUGUCAUCAAAUCGUAGCUGUGUAGAUCAGCGAGGAUGGACAAGGACAGGAGUCGCAUCAAUGGCCGGAUAUUAAGUCUCACCCUGGAGAUCAUCUAUGUGCUGACUGGAGAGGAUUAUGCUGUUGUGAAGAAAAGAAAAGUCACGGUGCCUCCACCUCACUCACUGAUACAUGAGAGGCACAAUGACCAGAAGAUCCUGGAACUCACCAACAAGAUCAUUCAUCUGCUGACUGGAGAGGAGUGGGAGUCCGUAGGAGAAGACGAGGAGGAGACGCUGAAGAGUCACUUGCCCCUCGCACCGUCCGGUGUUUCUGAACGUACCGUGAAUAAAUCCACAUCGACUCGCGUGAAGGAGGAACUUGGCCUGGGUGAAGACAGAGACCUCAGCCGCACAGACCUGUACACACCCACAGAUCGCGCACAGUCUAUAUCUACGUACGUCAAGAAGGAAUCUGUCUCCUGUGAGGAGGGCGAUCCCCCAGACACUGACCUAGGUUCACCCACAGGUGGCGCACACACAGUACAGUCCGUUUUGUGUGGAGAUGUAAAUGACCUUUCCCCAGCCACUAGCGAUACGCAACAUGCGCCUAGUCCUACUCAGGCGGGAUCUUGUGAAGAAGGAGACCUCAGUGAUUACCCACCCUGCCCUGACACGUACGACAACGAAGACAGUGAAACGUACGUUGGAAAUGAGUCUGGUGAAACGUUCCGCUGCAGAUCACCUUCUCCCUCCAGCUCACCCCCGCUCAGCUCGGAUUUGUACGUGUGCUUAGAGUGUCAGGAGUGCUUUACCAAUAAUGCAGAUCUGGCAGUGCACCAGGCUGCCCACAGAGCCCCACACUCAGUGAUAUGCUCGUACUGCGGGAAGUACUUUGCCUCUAAGUCUCUGCUCUCCAGGCAUCAGAGAAUCCACACAGGAGAGAAGCCCUAUACCUGCGCCGUUUGCGGGAAGUCCUUCAACCAGAAGUCGCUGCUGGUUACGCAUUACAGGACCCACACGGGGGAGAAGCCAUACUCCUGCACCCAGUGUGGCAAGUGCUUCAUCAGCAAAUCCAAACUCAGCCUGCACCAGAGAACCCACACUGGGGAGAAACCCUUCUCAUGCCUGGACUGCAACAAGCGCUUCAGCUGCAGCACCAACCUCAUACUCCACCAGAGAACCCACACCGGGGAGAAACCCUUCUCCUGCUCGGACUGCGGCAAGUGCUUCAGCCGCAGUGCCCACCUCAUCCUGCACCAGCGCAUCCACACCGGGGUGAAGCCCUACUCCUGCGACGAGUGCGGGAAGUGCUUCAGCCGCAGCGCCCACCUCAUUCUGCACUCACGGAUCCACACCGGGGAGAAGCCUUAUGCCUGCUCCUGCUGCGGGAGGUGCUUCAGCCAGAAGUCAUCCCUGAGGACACACUGGAGGACCCACACUGGGGAGAAGCCCUACUCCUGUGCCCAGUGCGGCAAGAGCUUCACUAAGAAGACUGUUCUUAGCAACCACCUUAAAAGCCACAAGCAUGUUCUUGAGUCGGAAGCUCUUCCCGCAUUCUGGGCAGGAAAAGGGCUUCUCUCCGGUGUGAAUGGUUUGGUGGCGGGUAAGUUGGAUCUUCUGAGUGAAGCGCUUGCCGCACUCUGUGCACGGGAAGGGUUUCUCUCCCGUGUGGACCCUCUGAUGUACGGAGAGGUCGGACCUCUGCAGAAAGCAUUUCCCGCAUUGGGGGCAGCUGAAGAGGUUCUCCCGCGUGUGGACCUUCUGGUGCAGCUGCAGGCAGUGCUUCUCCCGAAACCGCUUCCCGCAGUCGGCGCAGGAGAAGGGCUUCUCCCCGGUGUGGAUUCCCUGAUGUUUUGCCAGAGGAGAGAGCUUCUGGCCGAUCUACUGAGGAUGGACAAGGACAGGAGUCGCAUGACUGAGAGGAUAUUAAAUAUCACCCUGGAGAUCAUCUACCUGCUGACUGGGGAGAAUUACAUAGUAAUAAAACAGACAUUGGAAGAGCAUGAAACACCUAGCAGCUGUCACCGUGUGUCCGAGGGAUCAAGCAGGACCUGGAACCCCAUCCUGCUGCCUCCACCUCACUCACUGAUACAUGAGAGGCACAAUAACCAGAAGAUCCUGAAUCUGACUAGCAAGAUCAUUCAGCUGCUGACUGGAGAGGAGUAUAUAGAGGAACACAGGGGUCUGUACAAGGAUGUGAUGAUGGAGAAUCACCGGCCCCUCACAUCACUGGGUCUCAAUGAGGAUACAAAGAUAUCUGGAGGAUCCCGACCCCUGGAUUGUAUGACUGCGGAUCACAGUCUUCUAGAUAUUCAGACUUCAAAAUCCUCAUCAGCAGAUGGACGUAAGGAUGAUGUCACUGACAAGUCAACAUCGUGUGAUCAUACGCCGUACACAUCCACUGAUAUAAAGGAGGAAUCGCCAUCCGCAGAUCAGAUACAGAUUCCUUCUGAUAUUAAGGAGGAAUCCGCCUCACGCGGAGAAGGAAAUGUUACAGACACUGACCGUUCCGCACCACAGGACCCAUGUAAUGUGAAGGAGGAGUCAUGUGAAGAGGCGGAGCUUACCGACACGGACAGCUAUACACAAGCGGAUGAUAUAAAAUAUGCCUCUCUCCAUAUUAAGGAGGAGACCCUCUCGGGUGAUGAAGGAAACCUCUCAGACACUGACCAGUCCUCGCCCACAGAUAUUAUAGAGUAUACAACUAUUCACAUUAAAGAGGAGACAGUCUCUGGGGAUGAAGGAACCCCCCCAGAUAACACCCAGACGAGCUCUUCUUACAUUGACAAGUACGGCCACAGCUACAAACAAGGCGCCACGGCAGAGAAGCCCUUCUCUUGCUCCGAGUGUGGGAAGAAGUUCAAGCAUAACUCCAAGCUCAUCAGCCAUCGGAGAACUCACACGGGGGAUAAACCCUUCUCCUGCUCCGAGUGCGGCAAAUCCUUCAACUGCAAAACGGAUUGCCAAACGCACCAGAGAAUCCACACGGGGGAGAAGCCCUACUCCUGCCCAGACUGCGGCAAACGCUUUAACGUCAAAUCCAAUCUGGUCACCCACCAGAGGAUUCACACGGGGGAGAAGCCGUACUCCUGCUCCGUCUGCGGCAAGUGCUUCAUAAGUAACUCCAACCUGGUCACCCACCAGAGAAUCCACACUGGGGAGAAGCCCUACGCCUGCCCUGAGUGCGGGAGGUGUUUUAGCAACAAGUCUGAGUACAACAGACACCAGCGGAGCCACACGGGGGAGAAGCCCUACCCCUGCACCGAGUGCGGGAAGUGCUUCAUCAGCAAGGCGGAACUGAACAGCCACCAGAGAAUCCACACAGGUGACAAACCCUUCUCCUGCGCCCAGUGCGGGAAAUGUUUCAGCAGAAAGACCCAGUUCAUGACCCACCAGUGGAUCCACACCGGGGAGAAGCAGUUCUCCUGCUCGGAGUGCGGCAAGUAUUUCAGCAGCAAGUCCAACCUGGUGACUCAUCGGAAGAUCCACACCGGGCAGAAGCAGUACGUCUGCCCCAUCUGUGGCAAGUGCUUCAACAACAGCUCCAACCUGGCCUCCCACCAGAAGAUCCACACGGGCGACCGGCCCUUCUCUUGCUCCGAGUGCGGGAAAUGCUUCAUCACCAACUCCCAGCUGGUGGCCCAUCGGAGGAGCCACACGGGGGAGAAGCCCUAUUCCUGCUCCGAGUGCGGCAAGUGCUUCAGCAGCAGCUCAGAGUGCAGCAGGCACAAGAGGAUACACACGGGAGAGAGGCCAUAUGCCUGCUCCGAAUGUGACAAAUGCUACAUCAGUAAGUCCAAUCUCGUCAUACACCUGCGGACUCACACAGGAGAAAAGCCCUUUACCUGCUCCGAGUGUGGGAAGAGUUUUAUUAGCAAUUCCGACCUUAUUAAGCAUCAGCGAAUCCACACCCGGUAGAAAGCAUUCUCGCUCUACGUACAAAUGACCCAUUGUAGUGAAGCGCAAGAACAUUUUUCGUGGGAAGGGGCAAUACCUAUCUUGUUUUCAGUCUAGUAGACCUACAGAUGUCCAAUGGAAUGGAUGAGGAGAUACUUAUAAGCUUCUUACCCAAGAGUUUGCUUGGAGUUAGGUGGAAAGCAUAAAAAGAACAUAAUUGAUAAACAACAACCAACAAAUAAAGACUCCCAUUUUAACAUUUUUACGUCAUUUGUAGGUGUGAAUAUGGAAUUUUAUACUAAGCAGCAUUUCGACCAUCUUGUACAUGGCGGACAGAGGGCUGCCUCGAUUAUGUCCUUCAAACUAGCCGCUUCCGUGCUGUAUAAACUGAUCUAGCUAGCUGGACGCUAACGGAAACUAUUUACUGUGCAUGUCUGUUUUAUACACUGUCUGGAAUGUUAAUGAUAUUAAAGUUGAAUAAUA